AUGGCGGCACCAGAGAUGGCCGACAUGGCCCUGCUGCUCACCAGAUACCACGACAAGUUCCCAGCCGAUUUCCAAGCCGAGCUGGCAGGCCUCAUCGAGAGCGCCGACCACUACGACCUCUUCAAACGCAUCGAAGACCUCAUCGCCGCGCACAAGCUCGACCACCUGCUCUCCCGCGAGGACAACCUCCGGCGCGCCCUCUGCGAGCUCUACGGCGCGCGCCACCCCUGGCUCGCCACGGCCGACCUCGGCGCCGCCGCCUGGCAGCGCGAGCAGGAACGCGCGCUCGCCGCGUUCCGGGAGCGCGCCGCGCGGGACAGGGCGGCCGGCGUGUCGCGCGACAUGGCGCAGUACGAGCACGAACUGAGCCUGGCCAGGGCGCACGUCGCCAAGUUUGGCAUCCAGCUGCCCGGCCCCGCUCCCGGGCCGGCGUCGGAUGUGCCGCUGGCGCCGAGCAUGGGCGGGGUGCCGCCGCGGCAGCCGUUCACGGCGGGUUGGACCUUUCGCGAGGCGCCUGCGGCGGAGGGGAUCUCUUUUGAUCCUAAAGCGACUUGCGAGCAGUUCUUGCCGCAAUCGCCUGUCGUGGUGGAGCUGUCGGACAGCGACGAGGACGGAGACGAUGAUGAGCCGACGACGGAAGACGGAGAUGUACUGAUGCGUGACGUCGGUCAAGAGGCACCGGAACGAGAGCCUGCUCCGGGGGAUGCCGUCUCGGCCAUGAUAUCUAGCCUCGGUGGCGACGGGACCACAGAAACAACGACAAAAACGACAACAAAACGCCCUGAUGAAGUAAUAGUAGUUGGCGAUUCGCGGAUUCGUCUGACUCCCGAAACGAGAAAAUGGAAUGCGCCGGAACUCAAAGGUCACAUUGAGAACUUGCUCAGGAAGAGGGGCAACACGUCGCAGGUUGUUACUUUGGCGGAGGUUCAGAAGAUGCUAGACACCUCAGCAAAGAUCCAGGACAAACCCGUUCCUAAAACCCCACAGGGCAGACAUGUGCAGGAGGAAGAUGAAAUAACGCCGCCACAGGCCGACACCGAGACGACCAUCCAAAUACCCACGCCUGAAACGAGCCUUGACAGCGACGUAAAGACCGAGCUGCGGCGGAAAGCCCUCGAUGCACACAGCCUAAAGCAUGGGGUUCAGCAGAGUGAAACGACUGGGAGGGAAACAUCCAUUAUACCAGCAGGAAGUCGUGACUAUUAUGAUGAGAACUGGCUCAAAAACUGGCUCAUCCACAACGACAUGGCGACCCCUGAUGACCUGAAGAUGUUUUCGUAUGGCGGUUGGCGCAUCCAUUCACCCAAGAUCACGCUCAUUCGCAUAAAAAACUUUCUGGCCGAUGAGGAUCUCGAUCGCACUCUACUUUGGACGAGCCAACGUGGUGAGAUCCUCCUCUACCUGCAACAUCUCCAGGAGAACGUAUACGAUGGGCAGGACUGGGGAUACGACCUGAACGAGGUCAUCAGCAUGCUCCAGACGCAUUGGGUGUACGAGCAGCACCACUACGACGAGCCGGAGCUCAUCCUCAGCUUUGAACCGGUUGAACACCCCAAACGGCUGCGGGCACCCCCCAACGCACCCAUCAUCAUCAUUACUGAUAGUGAGGAGCAAACUGAACCGCUUAAGCCGCGAUACUUGCAGCACCGCGUCCCUGAAUCGGUCCAUGAUGUGGACUUCCAGAUCCCCGGCCCCCUGCUGCGCACCCGUUUUCUGACCUGGUUCCGAGAGGACCUGACGCGCCUGUGGCACUUUGAUGACCCGGAGAGGCCCCUUAUCGGUGGCAUCGGCUCGGGCGCUCGCGGAGACAGCAUGUUCGAGUAUGGCUACAACCCAGACUUCAACUCGGCCGAGGUGGCCGACGACCGGUUCGUCAAGUGCAUGUCCCUGGGCACUUCUGAGACAGCCCGCACCCUUCGCGAGGAGUCCAACUUCUACCUAGCCCACAAGGACUUCAUCGUGGGCAAAGAGGGAGCCCUGUGGCCAACAGGCCAUGCCGUGCGGCGCUUUGCCGACUUUCGCGGCGCCAAGAGGGCGGCGCUGCAGCAGUGCAUCGAGCACUUUGGGAUCGUCGACGGCGACGUCGAUGCCGCGGACGCCGGCGCGGAGCACUUCCGCAAGCUCGUCCUGCCUACGCCCUGGCGCGAGAAGGAGCGCAUCCGGGCCGAGGCGCAAAAGAUCAUCGUCUUCCCGCCGCUGGCGCUCAAGGAGCCGCCGGCCGGGGAGAAGAUUGACCCCUUUGGGUUCGUGUACUGGCAUGAUCAGAUGCUGCGGAACCACGAUGAGCGCGCGCGCAACGUCAUACCGAGCAUGCAACAGGGCCACGCCAAACGCUUCGCUGCCGACAAGCUCUCAGUCUUACCGAGCUGGAACUUCAUGGGUCCGUUCAACCCGACCCUCGUGCCACGUCACAUCGACAUCAAGCACGCACAGGCCACGCGUUUCCGCAACAUGAUCACACAGGUUGAGAUCGCCAACCGCAGGGCGCCACGAAAGCUGCUCGAUGAUAUACUCGAGAAUUUUCGCCUCGGCUGUGAGGUUGGAAAGCCGGCGCAGGAUGUCUUAGACGAGCUCGAUCGGCAGAAGAAAGACCUGCCGACUGGCGAAGAAUAUCGUCCCAUCUCGCCCGAUGACCAUCACUGGAUGAGAUUUAUCGUGGGGCCAUCAACAAAUGACCUGCUGAUGGAGGAGAUCGAGGACAACUUCGAGGACUGGCGAUUUGAGCUCUUCAACGAGCGACUGCAGAUACUGCUCAACGACCCCUACAAAGACGCACUGCUCGCAAGGGCGGGCCAGCACAGGACGUCGGAGCAGAUAUGCCAUGAGAUUAACGGCUUUGCGGCCACCAAUCCGCUGCAGGAGGCGCUGUAUUCGAAAGAAGAGGCGGAAGAAUACUGCGACUAUUUGGUCUCGACAGGUCGACUCUCUCAGUCACGCAGCGGCAAGGGCAAGUCGAUCCUCUUCGGCCGCCCCGAGCUGCCUUAUCAUCCGGAGCUCCGCAUUAACUUUUACGUGCCCCCUAUUCAUGUCAAUCCUCUCUUCCCGUCGCGGCCAGAACAGGAGCUGCCGGCGCCAGAGGCACCCCUCCUCGACUGGAAGGCCGCUCUCGUCGCUGCUCUACCGCUGAUCGCCUCGUUUAUUGAUGCGUCUGGCCCAUCACACGAGGAACGCGUCGCUCUGGCUUACCGCACCCUCGCCUACCGUCUCGGCCGCUGGACCGUAAUCUUAGAGAAUGAGGUCGAGGCGGCAUAUGCAGAACUCAAGGCUCAAGGUGCAGACCAGGGUUUCAGCAUCCCGGUGGACAGGUAUCGCGUCCAGAUCGACGACCUUCACGGUAUUUGGCGCCAGGAGGUCACGUCACAGCUUGAUGAAGUCGGCGCCGUCAGCUACGCUAGCGUUGCGAGGGCGGCAGAUCCCGGGGCGGCGCACGACUGGCAAGACUGGGCAAGUGGCACGUGGCAUCCCGAAGCCAUCGAGGCUGUCCGCACAGGGCUGAUCAAGGAGCUCUCGGAGGGAGACAACAUGCUCUGGCCUGUGAGGCCGCGGUGGGAAGGGGAGCCUGGCAAGGAGACGAUGACGCUGGCGAGGGAGGAUAUCUGGGACUUUGGCCGUGAGGGCGUCAGAGGCAGGAACAAACAGAAGAAGCAGUUCUUCAGCCUUGACAAGUGGCCGCUGCACCUUCAAAGCGAGGCGACGCAGAGGAAGAAUCGCGCAUCAGGGCCCAGCCCCUCGCCGCCGCCGCAUGACGAGAACGACAUGGGCAAGGGAAAAGGAGAAGAGAGUACGACACGGGGAGUGAAGGCGAGCGUAACUCUAGAAAAUGAGACGGCUGUCCAAACGGGGGUUCAAGAUACAGAACCAGCCGUAGUCGAUACUUCAGAGGAUGGGCUUGGACUGGAACUACACUUAACGGCCGAUCCCAAGCGGCAGUUUGUCGCCGACGUGUCUGGCUACCGCAAGGGUGACACGCCACGGCAAAAGGCAGCAGUCGACGAAGCUAUAUUGGACGAGAUGAGAGAAGGCAUGUGA